UGGUGAGAAAACACCGGGGGAAUCCGUUGUUAUUAAAGCGCAGAGACACAAAUUUAAUGCGUUCGGUUGAGUUCUUAUUUUAGCUGAAAACAACAUGGAGUUCGGUGGAAACGCUCCACUAUGAUCUGCAGGUGAGGACCUCAGAUGGAGGCAGCGCGUGAGGAGGUCCGUGGAGCCAAUGAGGAGGAGGAGGUGGAGGAGGAAGCAGCCAUGCUCUGGUCCAUCCAGGAGGCUCUGGAGAGGCAGACCCAGCAGAUUGGAGCAUCAGCCUGCGGGGCCACAGCGGUGGUGGACGUGCUGAAGGCCCUCGGCGUGGACGUGGCCCCUGAGGAGGCCGACCGCUGCGUCCAGACCCGCCUGAGGAGGAACGAGUCGCCGCUGCCUGACUACCUACUGUCCCGGAGUGAAGCUGGUGCGACGCACUCUCAGCUCAUCCGCGGAGCUCAGGAGGCCAGCGGCGGGGAGGUGAUCGGCCGCUUCUUCCACCUCCACCCUCGCCGCCGGGUCAGGCUGGCGCCCUGGCUCGCGCGCUGGAUCCGCCGCGGCGCCGUCCCCGUGGCGACCAUGAACAUGCAGGUGGCCGUGCCCGAGGGCGAGGAGGUGCCCGACGCCUGGCACCACCAGCUCGUGUUUGGAGCCGCGCCCAACCACGUUUUCAUGACCAACCCUCUGGACGUAGUGAGCGAGGGAGAGUUGCACCAGCGUCUCUGCAGCGAAUCCGUGCUGCUGAUCCGCAGAGAGGACGUGCUGCAGAGAUGGACGCCCGACUGCUCCCUGUGCAGCCUCUCGGAUAAUCAGCCUGACCCUCGGUGGAAGGCCCUGGAUGUUGAAGGUCAGGUGAGGCAGAUGGUCCUGGAGGAGGAGGAGGAGGAGGAGGAGAAGCAGGAUCGACCCAAGUCGACGCACGUCACGAUCCCCGCCGCGUACAGUUCAGGCGUCACGCUCUUCGCUCGGCGGCAGUCAGAGCUGGGGCAAGAGCUCCUCGAUGCUCCUGAGCUCCCUUUAAUGUUUACAGAUGCUGGUGUUUAGGAUCAACACGUAUCAGCGCGAGCUGACUUCAUACUUCAUACUGGAAGAGAUGCAAACAAUAUGCAGGUUUUCACGCUGGAGACGCAUUUUCUCUGUCAUUGUUGUGCAAAAAUAGAUGUCAAAAUCAACUUCUAACUGACUGUCUUCUGUCUGUGCCGACGCGUACUCCCCUUCAGACCCCGUCCGACCCCGUCCGACCCUACGUGGCCACUUCGCGCCACCUCCCACUUAACUUUAGAGUCGACUUUCAGAAUGUAUCGAUCUCUUUCAGGAGCAGUAAAUGGAGCGGCUCCAGCUUAUAUUUCAGAGGCGUUAUGUGAACGGGCUUAUAUCAGCACGCUGAUCUCCUGCGAUCGCUUCAAAGGCCGGGGAGUCGGGGCUGCGACGUCGGCACAGUUAAAAGGAUAAAAGCUCAUCUGUCAUCUUAAAGGCCAUUGUUAACUCACUUGUCUGACUCGGGUUGCUGCAGAUGUCUGAUCUCGGCCGGCACAAUUAAAAAAAAGGGUAUUCUUCAUCUCUUUUCCAGGUUUUAAUUAAAAUAAAAAUGACUUUUGACUAA